AUGACCACUUCCCACCAACAAAAGGAACCAAAGGCGAUCGAGAAACUGACCACAAAACCUGAACGGACAAAAGGAGCAGCAACAGCAGCAAAGUAUAAACAAGCAGUAGCUCCAACUGGAGUCUUCCCUGAUUCUCCUCUAAACAAACCUCCGCCCAACACACCUCCUUACAAUACCCUUCCUCCGAGCACACCCCUCCUCACAAUCCUCACUGCAGCACCUCCCAAAAGGGGAAAUUCUUUCAGAGAGGGGAAAAUGCCAUAUAGACAGAGAAGCACGGGAGAGUUACAACACUAUCUAUUUUCAAACAGUUCAUAUCUAUCUAUCUAUCUAUCUAUCUAUCUAUCUAUCUAUCUAUUAGAAAAAUGCUUACAUUAUUCUUUCUCUUUUUAUCUCUUUCUUUCUUUCUUUCUUUCUUUCUUUCUUUCUCUAUCCCUCUCUCUCUCUCUCUCUCUCUCUCUAUCUAUCUCACUUGACGAGUAG